CCCCAUGCCGCCAGACCAUGGACGAUCGCAGCGUGUAUUACGCUGACAGCAACACAAUUGCGAUCGGUCAUAUUUAAGGCGGACCCGGACCACCCUUAAAUUGUCUGCCCGGAUCAUGAAAUGCAAGUCUACUCAUGGAGUCCUCUUUCACCCCACCGACAAUAGAAAGUGCGCACUUGCACCAACGGGAUUUUCUGGGCCGCCUCGGGUCUGCACACCAUCUAGAUCAGCAUGUGCCUAGCUGGGCAGUGUGACCAUCUAGGCUCAAAUGGUGUAAGAGCUAUGCAUACGCGGGUACGAGACAGUGUACCUUGGACAUCUUGGACCACUGCAUGGCAUUCGACAUAUACCCGCACGAGCAGGGCGCCAGGCAUCAGCGAUGCCGCUUCCAGCCGAUUAAAAUCAGACACGCUUAAAUUGGUCUUUGGUGUUACUAUUCAAGGUCAUUCUCGGUUAACCAUGACUGGCACGCACCCGAUCUCAGGUGUCCGAAAGUGGAUGCAAGUGGUUGGAGGAAGCCACUCUUCGCAUGGCCUUGCCUUAUCCUAAGUGGCACGAUUACGAACCGAAGGAACAUUGACGCCUGGAUUUGAUACCCUUCAGACCAGGUAUCACCCAACGUCGUGUACUAGGUCUUGGACUCCUACGGCUUCCUGUCCCCUCAUAAAUCGUAGGCAGCUACGUUUCUAUAUGGUCGUUUCGGACGAAGUGGGAUAAGAAAGCUGUCAACUCAGCGUAAAUUCGGAUCCGUGAUAUGGUAUAUUCAUCAUGCAUGCCUCAAGCAUCUCUAAACAUUAUGUACCUGGUGUCUUUAGUUGAUCAUACGCUCGUUGACCCCAACGAUCUGAACCAUGAUAAAGAGUUUUCGGCUGUCCC